AAUCACGUGACUGUAUGGGGCGCAACCCCUAACACGUGACUAAGCGGCAAGGGGCGGGCCGCUAAUUGUCUAGCACUGCGCGUGCGCGAGUGGUGAUGUCGGACGGGGGAGCUGCUGCCGCUGCCGCCUGGGCAUUGCCAGCCAGGCAGCAGAAUGGAGACCAAGUGCUGCAGCCCGUCUUUAUGGUGCUCCAAGUCAGCCUUGUACACGUUCCUGCUAGGAGGAGCAUUUGUUACCUUGGGUUCAAGUCGUAUUCUCCUGAUGAAAUAUUCUGCCAACGAAGAUAACAAAUACGAUUACCUUCCUGCAACUGUGAAUGUGUGCUCUGAGCUAGUUAAACUGGUGCUAUGUAUGACAGUGGCACUCUGGAUAACAACAAAAGAGGGACGUUCAUAUAGUGACUUUGGAUGCACCUCAUGGAGGGAGUUUUGUAACUACAUGAAGUGGUCAAUUCCGGCCUUUCUGUACUUUUUGGAUAACCUGAUUGUUUUCUAUGUAUUGUCCUACCUCCAACCCGUCUACUGCAGGGGGAGACUCAAGGCCAUGGCUGUAUUAUUCUCAAAUUUUAUCAUUAUAACAACAGCGCUCCUAUUCAGGAUAGUGCUAAAACGGCAGCUCUCCUGGGUGCAGUGGGCAUCUCUACUGAUUUUGUUCCUGUCCAUCAUAGCUCUGACUGCAGGGACUGGAAGCAAUCAGCACAGCUUGGCCACACAUGGGUUUCAUCAUGACAUGUUUUUCAGCUCAUCUAAUCGCUGCCUUCAGUACACCAGGCCAGAGGAAGAGUGCUGGGGAGGAGACAACUGUACAGAAACAGGGUUCUUUCCCAGCUUCAAGUGGAAUGUCACUGCUACCACUGCAGGAGCAUUGAAGCCUCUCCGCCUCGGUUUGGGCCAUCUGCUGAUAAUAGUGCAGUGUUUCAUCUCCGCUUUGGCCAACAUCUAUAAUGAAAAGAUCCUGAAGGAAGGGGACCAGCUCAAUGAAAGUAUAUUUGUGCAGAAUAGCAAGCUAUAUGUCUUCGGGGUGCUGUUCAAUGGGCUGAUGCUGGGCCUGCGCUCUGAGAACCGUUGGCAGAUAGAGUACUGCGGCUUCUUUUAUGGCCACAAUGUGUUCUCUGUAGCUCUCAUUUUUGUCACUGCCUUCCUGGGGCUGUCCGUGGCCUUCAUUCUGAAGUUCCGAGACAACAUGUUCCACGUCCUGACUGCGCAGAUCACCACUGUGAUCAUCACCAUUGUGUCCAUUGUCAUCUUUGACUUCAAGCCUUCUCUGGACUUCUUCUUGGAAGCACCUGUGGUGCUUCUUUCCAUAUUUAUCUACAAUGCCAGCAAACAUCAAGGCCUGGAAUAUGCCACUCAGCAGGAGAGGAACAAAUUCCUCGGUGAGAUCUGGGAGCGAUCCAGCGGGGAUGGAGAGGAACUUGAGAGACUGACCAAAGCAAACAGUGACAUUGAUACAGAUGAAGAUGCCUUCUAGCAUGAGCUUGUGCAACUGAGUGCUGGGUAUUCUCCAAGAGAACAGCGUUGGUAUCUUUUUAAACUAUGGGAUAGUCUUUUUUCUAAGUGCAACAGUUAAAACUGUUUGGAUGGUUUUGUGAUUCCAGAGGAUUUGUAUUGUGUUUAAGUUGUGCAAAUAAAACACAGCUCCGAGA